AUGGAGGAAGGUAUAUCUGUUAAAAAUGAAGAUAAAAGUAUUGACAUUAAACAAGAAAAACAUGAAAGUGUUGAUAACUUUAAAUGUGAAUAUGAUUCUGGAAGUCAAGACAGCAGUAAAAGUGGAAGUGGAGGGUACCAGCGGUGGGCUCCAAAUUUAAAUGGGGUACGGAAAAGUGCAUUUACACCAUACAAAUCUGUUCAAUGCACACCGUUAACCAAUUUACAAAGAGGUAAUACGCAGGCGCGCGUCCCCGAACUGCCUCAGCCCGAUUGUAGCUUUCACGCUAAAGCUGGCCGCGGCGAAAUAACCCGUGACGACGUGAAACUGGAGCAGUAUGUUGAUAUUACCGAUGAACACGGACUUACGGCGCUUCACUGGGCCGCCAGCUACGGUCAGUUAAAUAGCUGCCAGGAUCUUGUGUGGAGUGGUGGGAAUGUUAACAUGAGGGGACCCGAGGGUGAGACAGCACUCCAUCUGGCAGCUGCGGGCGGACACCAUGAGGUUGUGAAGUUUUUGUUGAAUGAAGGCGCUGAUGCUGAUAUACAAGAUGAUUCUGGAAGCACAGCUUUGAUGUAUGCAGCCGCUGCUGACUUUCCCUACACCUGUAAUGAGCUCCUCAUCCGUGGAGCGGACCUCACCCUUACUAAUGAUUAUGAUCAAGACGCCUACACUCUCACCACUACCAAUAAUUGCAAACUGGCUCAAACUGUGAUAGAAAAUUUUUUGAUUGGCUGCCUUAGCAAAAUUUAA